AUGACGCCGUCCACGAUACCCCUACAGAAAUGGAGAUUCAGGCAGAAGCCGAAGACCCCUGAUCCUGACAACAGAUGGACCUCGUGUUGGAUACCCACAUCUGUCCAGGCAGAGCUGAUCAAGACCGGUGACAUCAAAGACCCGCGCAAGGAUCUCAACGAGUGGGACGCCCAGUGGAUUGGCGAAGCCGACUGGAAGUUUCGAUGCGAUUUUGACAUACCUGCAGACAGACUGAAGGCUGCUCACUGCGACUUGGUCUUUGAGGGCUUGGAUACCUAUUGCGAUGUGUUGUUGAAUGACCGCAAAAUACUCUCUUCUGACAAUAUGUUUGUGGCUCAUCGUGUCAACUGCAAGGAGCACAUCAGAUCAGGGAAUAACCGGCUACUGAUCGUCUUCAAGAGUCCUUGGCAAGAAGCAAAACAGGCGGAAAGGGCGCAUGGUGGACCUCGUGGGGCUUGGAAUGGAGAUCCUUGCAGGUUAUAUUCAAGGAAAGCACAGUAUGGAUGGGGUUGGGAUUGGGGGCCAAAAUUGCUCACGGUGGGCCCGUGGCGUCCCAUCACUCUCGAAAUAUAUGACUAUCGCAUCGAAGCCGUCCGAAUCGAAGCCCAUAUCAGCUCACCUGACCUGAAGACAGCCACGCUUCGCGCCACAGUCGACGCGGUCAGAGCAAAUGGAAUGCAGCUGCGGUUUUUGCUCUUUGACCAGAGUGGAGUCUGUUUGAAAGAGGAGAUGCAGCCAACGGAGGACAGCUGGGUAGAAUGGACGUUUGAGGACGGUCAAAUUCACCCUUGGUGGCCAAGAGGCUACGGCGCCCAAGAGCUCUACCAGCUUCGGGUCGAGCUCUGGAAAGAUGUGGCAGAGGCCGCGGCUCACAAAUCGAUAAGACUUGGGUUUCGCCACAUUGAAGUUGUUGAAAGACCAUUUAUCCACCAGAGGGGGACAUCGUUCUUCUUCAGAGUCAAUGGGGUACCAAUAUUUUGUGGUGGCAGCAACUGGAUACCAGCGGAUAUCUUUGCAACAGACAUCUCCCCGAAAAGGUAUCGUCAAUGGGUCGAGAAGAUGGUUCAAGGUAACCAGAACAUGCUAAGGAUAUGGGGAGGAGGCAUGUACGAGCAUGACGAGCUAUACAAUGCCUGCGACGAGCUGGGCGUUCUAGUUUGGCAGGACUUUAUGUUUGCCUGCGGCAUCUAUCCAUCAUACGCAGAGUUCAACAACAGCGUCAAGAAUGAAGCAGAACAAGCGGUGAAACGACUUCGGGAUCAUCCCUCUGUGGUAAUAUUCGCCGGGAACAACGAGGACUACCAAGUCGCCGAGUCCCUCAAGAUCGUCGACUAUACCGACGAAUCUGGUGACUAUAUGCAUAGCGAGUUUCCCGGUCGUCACAUAUACGAGAUCAUCCUUCCCGAGGUCGUGCACUGCCUCUCUGAUAUACACUACCAUCGCUCCAGUCCUUAUGGAGGCAAGACCUCAAGAGAUCCUGCGGUUGGAGAUAUCCACCAGUGGAACGUUUGGCACGGGACGCAGGAGCCAUGGUCGAAAUGGGGAGAGUUGUCUGGGAGAUUUGUCUCAGAGUUUGGCAUGGAAGCAUAUCCGAAUCUGAAGACUGUGCAGACCUGGUCAGACAAUCAGGCUGAGCUAUUCCCACAGUCAAGGGUCUCAAGUCAGCACAACAAAGCAAUCGGAGCUGAGAGACGACUUGAAUCAUAUAUCAUGGAGAAUUUUAGACAUGCGUAUGAUAUGCCCAGCUACAUUUACUACUCCCAAAUCAUGCAAGCUGAGUGCUUAGCCGCUGCCUACAGGGCCUGGAGAAGAAACUGGAGGGGAGAAGGGAAAGAGUUCACCGCUGGGGCUCUAGUGUGGCAGUUGAAUGACUGCUGGCCUUGUACAUCAUGGUCCAUUAUUGAUUACUACAUGAGGCCCAAACCUGCUUACUUUACUAUCAAGAGGGAGCUCGCGACGUACACGGUUGGGAUCUCAAGAAAGGAAGUCAAAAAACCUAAAGACAAGACUACCGACGCGGCUUUCGACAUCUUUGAAUCUGCGAUCUGGGGCUGCAACUCGUCUUUGAGCUUGAAGCCUGUAACCAUCGUUGUCGAGACAUGGCAUCUCCACAGGGGCAUCCUCGACCGCAAAUUCAUCGAGACGACUCUCAAAGCAAACGCUUCGACCGAGAUAUGGAGCGGUCCCAUCCCACGACAACCUGUUCGCUCAUCCCUUGCCCAACCACCCGAACCUAUCAUCGUUUCAGCUCGCUUGCUCGCGAGGGAAUCCGAAUUGGUUCUGGCAAGACAUAGCAGCUGGCCUGAUCCCUACAAGUAUCUGCGCUUCCCCGAGCCUGGGUUGAAGUGUCAAGUGUCCGAGGGGGCGGUGAGGUUGAGCUGUGAGAGGCCGAUCAAAGGGAUUGUCCUCGAUGUUGAAGGCGAUGAAGUAGAGUGGGACGAUCAGGGUAUCGAUCUGAUUCCAGGGGAUGACCAAGUCAUCGCCGUCAAAGGGUUGGAGAAACGGGCAGUGACUGCAAGAUAUCUAGGCUCCGACGGGCUCUGA